CCGUCGCCAUUUUUCGGUCUCGUACUCGCACUUCUGGUGGCUCGGGUGAGGGGGGGGACGAGCAGAAAUAAGGGAAAGUAGAAAAUAAUAGAAUCGUUACGCCGGGAAUCCCUCGCGAGCGGUGAGGAAUGCACGCGUGAGCUCCGGAAGAGCGUCCUGGCACCUGAGAUGCACGCGCAGGAGACGAGCCGUUGCUGUGAAAUAAUUUUUUGUGUGAAGACGUGUUGCGGGCCGCCAUUUUUUUGCCGUGCUGCCUCAAAAGUCUGCUCCGACUCGAGAAAGGGGAUUCAAAAUCGCAUUUCCAUGACGCGUGCCUUACCGUGACACCACGAAGAUACUAGGAAACCAUUUCGUUUCCGACUGGCGACAUUUUUUGAGCCGACAUGAGGAUUUAUCAGAUGAAAAACUGAGGCCACCUUUUCCGCUCUCGUAACUGACACUGACUGGAGGAGAUAAAUUAUUUGAAGAGAAGCCUGGUGUGUUCUCGGAAGGCGGAACGAAAAAGGGAAGCUUCAUUGAUCAUUUGUUGCUUCGCCCUCCGUUGUCGUAAGUUUUUUUUUUUUUUUUUUUAGUGUGUGUCUCUCUUGGCCGCUCAAACAAUCACUCAGCCAUUGACUGCUCAACACAGGAACCACAUUAUGUUCCAAAGUUGGAUCAAGCCAGUCGCAGCCUGUCUCUGAAAACGUCAGGUUGUUUUUGUUUGCUCAUUCUUCUUCUUUUUAAUCAGAGGUCUCCGGAGCCUGCAGCGUUUGUGCAGAAACCACUCGAAAAACCUCACAGGGGCGACGUAUGCCCUGCCCCGCAUCUCCUAAAUCCUCCAAUUUGCUGUGAUUGGCCAAUCCCAACCACGCAUACACGUUUUAACUUAUUGCCUAGGCUUGUUUUGUAAUCUUUUUGUAGACUGAUAUUAACUUAUUGUUACAAACAGACAUGUCAACUGCUCGGUUUGAUUCAUCUGACCGGUCCGCCUGGUAUUUUGGACCCGUGUCACGACAAGAGGCACAGAAUAGGUUACAAGGACAGAGACAUGGCAUGUUUCUGGUGCGAGACUCGUCGACCUGCCCUGGCGAUUACGUGCUGUCAGUGUCGGAGAACUCCAAAGUGUCGCACUAUAUCAUCAACUCUUUGCCCAGCAAGAGGUUCAAGAUAGGCGACCAAGAGUUUGACCACCUCCCUGCUCUCCUGGAGUUCUACAAAAUCCACUACCUGGAUACCACCACGCUGAUAGAGCCAGCCCCCAGGUACUCAAGCUCAGUGAGCGCAGCCGUCCAGCCCAUGGGCGGCCUGGAGGAGAACCUGGAGUAUGUGCGGACUCUAUACGACUUCACUGGCAGCGAUGCAGAGGACCUUCCCUUCAAGAAGGGGGAAAUCCUCAUCAUCCUGGAGAAACCCGAGGAGCAGUGGUGGAGCGCCAAGAGUAAAGAGGGACGUGUUGGGAUGAUCCCCGUGCCCUAUGUGGAGAAAUUGGUACGACCUUCGCCUCAUCCUGGCCAGCCUUCCCACGGAUCUCGCAACUCCAACAGCUACGGGAUCCCCGAGCCCUCCCACGCCCUCGUCCACGCCUACGCCCAGCCCCAGACGCCAUCGCCGCUGCCCCCUGGCACACCUGGAGCAGUUAUCACCCCUCUACCGUCCAUGCAGAACGGUCCUGUCAUGGCUAAGGCGAUCCAGAAACGAGUGCCCUGUGCUUAUGACAAAACAGCUCUUGCUUUAGAGGUAUUGUAAACUGGGAUUUAUCUUAUCUAAA